AUGAGUUUUUUGUUAUUUUGUUUUGCUGUUGUUUUCAGUCAGCACAAAGAUCUGUUGCAUCAUUAUAAGAAGGAACAUGUUAUCUGUGAAGAGGGUGAUUGCAAACAAUUGGGAAUUGCGUUCCGUACCGAAACGGAACUGAAACUGCAUAAAAGUCGAGACCAUGCGGCUGGACCGCAAACGUUGGACGUGGACAUUCAUUUCACGGACCGAAGUUUUGGCGGAGGAAUAUCUCGAGGAGGAGGUGGUGGCGCUUCGUCGUCAUCGCAUCACAGAGGAGGAAGAGGAGGUGGAAGUGGCCAAGGACGGGGUGGUACUGCUUCUGCUGGGCAUUUGCCUGGCUCCCAGCGAAAUGUUCCCAGAAUUGGUGUGGUACCAUCUGAGCAACCGAAAGCGCCUCCAAGAGAAUAUGGGAUUGAAGAGCCAUUUGGAAGUUUGGAUACCGCAUGCCUUACGUUUGCUGGUUUCGAGAUGAUAUUUAGAUUUUUUUGUGGGAGGUGGGGAGGCCGGAUAGAUUGCAAGAAUGGGUUUGUUGUUGUUAUUGCGGUUGAUGAGAAGAAUGAAGAAUGA